AUGAAUAGUGGUUCAAAUGCGUGGGAAUCUGAAAAUGCAAUGCGUGAUGUAUUAAGAUCAGCUCAACACGUUUUAGCCAUAGAUGCAUUUGCAAAUGAAAGUACACUAACAUUCCUUAAGGCUUAUCGUGGUGAAAAUAUCCGAGUGAUUGAUAAUAAAUUUCAGCCUCUUAUAGGUAAGACCAUUGAAUAUCUUCCUGAUCCAAAUACUGGAGCUGAAGCUAUACGAAUAGGGUUUGAGUAUUUGAAGCAAGGUAAAUGCGUGGCAUUUGUUGUAACAAGUUCUAAUAUGGCUCAAGCAUUAGUAGAAAAGGCUUCUAAAUUAUCUUUUAAAGCUCAUGCUUAUUAUGGAGAUAUGGAUGGAAAACAACGAAAAAAUAACUUUUUAAAUAUUAAUACUACUUGA